UCAAGUAAUAAUAAAAGAUGGAUUGAAUAACAAAUAGAUUUGGUAAAAUACAUGUUUGACACAUAUUUACCUAUAUUUUUAUGAGUAAAAAGUGUUUUACUUUUUUUUUAGGAUGAAAAAUAUUGAAUAUACUUCAUUUAGUUUUAUGAUUAGUUUUAUUGUAUCAUAAAACUAAACCCCACACUCCAACUUCCGAUUUGGGACCCGACUUCCAUCUUGGGAUUCCACUUCGACUCGGGAACCGACAUCCGAAUUGAUAUUCGACACUCGAAUCAAGAUCCAACCCCAACAACCGACCUGGAACUUAUUCGACUCCGACAUCCUCGACGACUGAUCCGGGACCCACGACACCUAAUUUGGGAUUUGACCUCGACUCUUGACCCUGAAAUCUGACUCCUGACUCGGAACCCGACAUUUGAACAAGACUUAAUCCUGACCCCGACACUGACACCCGAUGACUGAUCCAGGACUCGAUCCUUAGCAGCCACCAAAGUACUCAUUUUUUUCUUAUAACCCUAACCAUUACUUGCUCUAAUUUGUUGUAUGAAUCCAUCUAAUUUUGUAAAAGAAAUGUGUGCCUGUGACAUCCUUUCUAAUAAAAACUAUAUGGUAAGUUAAGAGGAAAAAUCACUUUAAUUUGAUGUUCUCUUGUUAUUUAACUAACUCUAAGUUAAAAGGAAAAAUCACUUUAAUUUGAUGUUUUCUUGUUAUUUAACUAACUUACUAGAGUUUAAUAUAUGUCAAAAAGUGGAUAACUUCAUUACUACUGAACUUUAGUUACUAAAAUAUUCUGUUUUUUUCAUAUAAAAUUGUAAAGCUUUUAUGUGCAUCAUGGCAUUAUGUUCACAUUAUUGAGUCCACUAAUGUAACUUAGUUUAUUCUCACUACAUUACAUAUAUAAAUCGUUAUACUGCAGCACAACUUAAGUCACAAGAAUAAUUUGAAGCAUUGUUCUUAGCCUUUAAUACUCGAAAAGUUAUGUCGAGUCGUAGUUUGUUCCCCUGCUUUACUGUUCUGUUCUGUGUGAUGAGUUUUCUGGCUCCCUUUAGUAACGGUCAGCUUGAUUACAGUUACUACGAGAGAACAUGUCCGAGCUUGCAUAAGAUUGUUCGUUGGAAUGCUUGGGAAGCUCUCCGUAGUGACUCAAGAAUAGCUGCAUCCCUCCUUCGUUUGCAUUUCCACGAUUGUUUUGUAAAUGGUUGUGAUGGAUCUGUGCUGCUUGAUGACACGUUCUAUUUCAAGGGUGAGAAGAAUGCUGCACCAAACCGCAAUUCAGUCAGAGGAUAUGAGACAAUUGAUAUCAUAAAAGCACACGUUGAAAGAGCUUGCCCGUCAACUGUAUCUUGUGUCGAUAUUUUAACUCUUGCCGCUAGAGAAGUGGUUGUCAUGGCAGGAGGACCGUUUUGGCCUGUUUUACUUGGUCGACGAGAUGGACUAUCUGCUAGUGAGGAAGCAGCAAAUGAACAAUUACCUUCGCCAUUUGAGCCUCUGGAUAAAAUCGCGGCCAAGUUUACUGAUAAAGGUCUUGAUCUAAAAGAUUUAGUAGUUCUUUCAGGAGCGCAUACAAUUGGCUUUGCUCAAUGUUUCACAUUCAAGGAGAGACUUUUCAACUAUCAAGACUCAGGAAAGCCAGAUCCAAAUCUCGAUUCUUCAAUGUUAUCGAACUUACAAUGCACUUGUCCUGACACAGAUGAAUCUAACACCACACUUACUCCUUUAGACAUGCAAUCUGUCACGAGAUUUGACAAUGCCUAUUACAGAAACCUUAUGAACAACUCAGGACUACUUGAAUCAGAUCAAGUUUUAAUGUCGAAUUCUCAGACAGCUGAUAUGGUCAAAUCCUACAGCUUGUACCCUCAUCUUUUCUACGAAGAUUUUGCUGCGUCGAUGGUAAAAUUAGGAAAUUUAGGGGUCCUCACGGGACGAACUGGACAAAUUAGGGAAGUAUGUGGCUCUGUGAGUAAUAGAAUGUUUCUGUCAAGUAUGUUUAGUUUAAGUGUUAGACAGAGUUUAUCGACUGUGCUUGCUUCAGUAUGUAUGUUUUUACUAGUAAUAGUUUAACUCGAUAUCAAAUCAUUUCGUCCAAGUAGUGGUUACUACUCAUUUUAAGUCAAAAAUAAAUGAAUCGAGGGCCGGUAAUAUGUUAAUAUGGUGAAGCUUUGGUGUAUGGUAAUGUUAAACUAUCUAACAAUAUUGUACAUUAUGAUUAAAUUUUGGUGUACAAUAUGCACUACAAUACGAAAUGCAUAAGCAUAAUUAAGAUAUACACACCAUAGUUUAACCAAGUAUCUUCCAAUCGUUUUAUAUAAUCAAAAUUAAUUAAAAUUUGUGUAUGAAACAACAUACAAAGUGUUCAUACAAGCAAUAUUUUUCAUAUCAGUGACAACUUCGGCAGUUAUAUAGUGAAAUGCAACUUGUAUAGGAAAAUGGAGGAAAGCAAAAUCUAAGUC